CAGCGCCUAAUGUAUCUAAAACUUAAUGAUUCACAAUUCAAUUGUGAAAGAGUUUCUUCUUAAGGGUUCAUCCUUGAAAUCAUAGCUCAUAAAGUGAUGCAUGUUUACGUAGAUGUGAAAGGUGCUGUGGCAAUCUUGCAUAUAUCUGCCCCACUAAAAGCGAUAUCGGGAGCGUCCUUACCUGAUUCAGAUUAUCGAUAGCUAUAGUGAGGUUCUAUCCGCAUCUUGCAUGUGCAUCGUUCUCUUUUGUCUUCUAGAUUUCUAAGCAACAUACGAAUUCGCCCAUGCCUUAAUAUUCCGAUACGCCGUUAAAUAGACAACGCCGCAAUUACCGCUCCAACACAACCCUCUUCGCUUACGUUAAAAAUAUCGAAAAUUUGCGAUAAUGGCGCCUUCAUUAGAAGAGCCUGAACCCGUCCAAGACGUUCUCGACAACCCUCUCAAAUCACGACCCCAACUCGUCGCUCCCGAACCCGAACACUGCCCAGGACCCGAAUCCGAAAAAGCAGGGACAGCAGAUUCAUGCGCCGGAUGUCCAAAUCAAGCAAUAUGCGCCUCGGCACCCAAAGGACCUGAUCCAGACAUACCACUAAUAUCAGAACGCCUGUCGGGAGUUCAACACAAGAUCCUCGUUCUAUCCGGUAAAGGUGGCGUAGGCAAGAGUACUUUUACCAGUCUCCUCGCGCACGCUUUCGCUACCAACGAUGACAUGACUAUCGGUAUAAUGGACACGGAUAUAUGCGGACCGAGUAUACCGAAGAUGAUGGGCGUCGAAUCCGAGACUAUACAUAUCAGCAAUACGGGUUGGUCGCCCGUCUGGGUUGCUGACAACCUUGGCGUCAUGAGUAUACAGUUCAUGUUACCAAAUCGCGACGACGCAGUUAUAUGGCGUGGCCCUAAGAAAAAUGGUCUAAUUAAACAAUUCUUAAAGGAGGUAGAAUGGGGUAACAUGGACUUUUUACUAGUUGACACACCACCAGGCACGAGCGACGAACAUUUAAGCGUUAAUUCCUUCCUGAAGGAAAGCGGUAUCGACGGCGCUGUUAUGGUCACAACACCACAAGAAGUGGCACUCCUUGACGUACGAAAAGAGAUCGAUUUCUGUAAAAAGGCAGGCAUACGAGUGUUAGGUCUAGUAGAGAACAUGAGCGGAUUCGUGUGUCCGAAGUGCACCCACGAAAGUCAAAUAUUCAAAGCAACUACGGGAGGUGGCGCAGCUUUGGCGAAAGAGAUGAAUAUUCCCUUUUUGGGUGAGGUGCCAUUAGACCCAAGGAUAGGGAUGGCAUGCGAUUACGGAGAGAGCUUCUUCCAACACUAUCCCGACAGCCCGGCAUGUAAGGCACUCAAAGGCGUCGUAAGAGGUGUUGCGCGGGAGAUAGGUUUAGAUGCGAAACAAGUGUUACCCGAUGACUGAGAUACACAGAUAACGCCACCUCAGUAGUAUAAUCUAGCUACCUAUGGUGCAAAGACAAUAUCCAUUCAAUAUGCGCCGUACUAGGGGCAGCCUAUUCGGCGCUCAACUUCUUCGGGAUAUCUUCCAAAUCCUCAGCAUUCUCGAGAUCGAAUACCUUACCUACCUCGGCCGUAUUCCGCAUCAACUCCUUCGCGCCCGCGUACAUCAUGCGGCUCUCGGCAUUACACGUGUUGGGGAGGUAAUACAAUAGGACGUACGGUACGGAUAGACGGCCGGAUGGCUACAGCACGGUUAGCAACCUACCGCAUCCCGAUCUAAAUGGUGGUAGGGAGAGGUAGUCAUACAAGAGUUAGAGGGUAGCUUAGUAAAAUAUAACGCGGCGUAUUGUCAGGCAAGUCGUCGGCAAUCUCGUCGAGAGAUUUAUACACUACUUUGUCUUCAUCUUGCUUGAUCUCGUAUGUUUUCUUAUCGAUGUAGUCUAGUCAUAUCCGUAACAUAUCAGCAUUCGUCAUAAGUACCACGAGCGGAAGAAGUAUGUAGACCGAC